CUGGCGCCGCACAGGCAGCCAAUAACAGAUACUGGGAUCGAUUGAGAUGUCGCCACCAAGGACAGGUAUAGGAAACCCCACGGGCCAGGAGGUUCUUGUGACAACAUGGCUCCUCGCCAGUAUCAUCACGUUCAUGAUAUCAGCGCGGCUGUAUCUCCGCUUGAAGAUUAAGCGCCUCCGUUUGCAACCUGCAGACAUAUCCAUCUGUAUGCCAUACAUCAUGUGCUUGCUCAAUACCUCUGCAGACAUGGUCGUGUAUAGCUCCAGCGCCAUGAAAACCGGAUAUCACCCUGAGCAUGUCAAACUUGGACGUGCCCUUGUCGGCAUUCGAGCAUCCUGCAAAGGCCUAUUCCCCCUCUUCUUGACGAAACUUUGCGCCCCCGUAUGGGUCAUCAUCGCCUUCUGCAUAGCAUAUGUUGUGGUCGUGAUAUCGCUCGUCCUGUUCCUGUGGUUCCCCACCCCGCUCCACUGGACUCUGGACAGGAGGGAGACGUACUCGCCGCGGCAGCAGCGAAGCACCUUCCAUGUCAACUGUGCGCUGCACCUGCUUGGCGAGCUCUUCAUAUCCUCCCUGCCUUUUCUCAUGCUCAGGCACGUCAGGCUGAAGACCGAGGUCAAGGCCGGCGUAUACGCGACUUUUGCUGCCGGCCUGGCCACCAUCGGCUUCGGCAUCACCAGGGAAGUCUUGAUCUUGAAGUCGCCAGGGAUCUCGGGCCAGGACAAUGCUAGGUCUCUAACCCAAUUCAGCAAGAAUCUUUGUUAUUUUAUUUUGCAUUACCUAUUGGCUCGCCCCCGGCACUGCGAACGCCGCAAGACUGAUUCCACUCUUUUUAUCUCAUCGCCGUAGCCUGCAUGCCA